AUGGACGAGUUGGACAAAGCGGACGAAGUCAGCUCCCCCAGUGAGGAAGAAAAGGCACCAAGGAAAUACAGAAAAAGGCGCAAAAAUUAUCGGGAACUUUACACUGAUUAUAAUGAAAGGCGAAACAGUAAAAUCGAUUUUUCCUAUUACAUAAAUAUGGAAGCAACAAUAAUGGAGUUGCUACUAGAUAAUAAUAUGGAAUCUUUUAAAAAUGCAGGAAAACUUCUUUUUGUUAUAUUGUCUGGGUUAUCCCCUAAAGUGAUGUACUUGAAGAGAGUAUUAGACUUAGUAGAUUUUUUUUUUUACAAAGGAGGGAUGAAAUUUUAUCACAGCGAUAUGCACCUAAAGAUACUCCUUUUCAUUUUUAACAGAAUUAAAUUUAGAUAUAUGAUUCCUCGUCCGCGGAUUUUUAACCUCCUAAUGUGUAAGAAUAACAUAAAGGAACUUGAGAAAUACAAAUAUGUAUACACCCCAAGGAUAAACUUCUUAACCUAUGUGGACCAUCUGUAUUACCACGUAAAAGAUUUCAUGAUCGCAGUUAGGGAAAUUCUAAUGCAAGAUUGGAUUCAGAAGGUACAGGCCAAAGCUUUAUCAUCGAGCAAGUCAAGGGAAGAUGUUCUAAAAAAACUAAAGGUAAAUGAAAAAAUAGCUAUAUAUAAAGAAACAGAUGAAGAGGUAUUAAUACAUUUUUCAAAAUUGUUCAAAACGGAGUAUGCAAAAUCUAUGGAUAAAACUUUGAAGAGAUUAAUAGAGAAUUGCAUUGUAACUAAUUUUCCACUCCACAGCAUCUAUCUUGACAUUUACAUUUUGUAUAAUAUAAAUAACGUUGUGAAACUUCUGGUGGUGAUAGACCAGUUGUUCUGUUCGCUCUUUUCUUACUACUACUUUUACGAAUUAAAAUUGAAGCUUUUGCUUCUUCAUAUACAUAGGUGUCAAAUGGAGGUUCCUCCUGGGGUGGCAGUGACCUCUGCAGUGGGAACCAUUCCGAUAGCAGACCCUAAAAGUGACGCCACCGAUAUCGGGGGAGGCAGGAAAAUCGAGGCGGAGGAUGAUACUUCUCCGAACGUUUCCCCCUCGACAAAAAACGCUAUUAACUCCAUUUUACUGAUGAGAAGCCUCGGAGGAAGGAAAUCAGACGAGAACAGUACCCUCAUGUAUGACGAAUCAUCUGUAGGAAACGCAAAUUACCAACUGGGCCAAAGUAACGAGAGAGAAUUACGAAAAUUACUAAAACUGAGGAAUAAACAGAAGCAAGAGGCCAAUGAAUGUCUGAACAGUCUGUACAGUAGUGACUCGAACAAAAGUGACAAUAGUAAUUUAAGUGAAAAGGCAAUGAAGCAUAACUUUCCACAGGAUCAACAAUACAAUGAAAAUAACGAUAAUGAAAAUAAUUUAUAUUUAGACGCUUUUAUGAAUUUAUAUAUUAACUCCACAGAAGGAAUGGUUAACAGUUUACCAUCCCUAAGUGAGUUAAACGAUGCUCACCCCUUGAAGCAACUGAAUCAAAAAAUUAGAAGCAAGCGAGCGGAGGGAAACCUCAACAGUAUUUUCUUCCACAUGCCCAAAGAUCCAAGGAUGAAUGAUAUUAGCAGUGUAGGUAUGAGCAUGAUGGAACAUACUAAGGAUCUCCUCGAUGAAAACGAAUUAGACAAUCACUUUAAUAUAAAACAGAGUGAACAGUUGGCAGGGGAUGAAUCUAUUACGAUUAAAAAGGAAAAAAACAAAAAAGUAAAACGAGCAAGUCUUCCAAAAGUUGAAAAUAUUCAUAAAGGAACAUAUAACGACAUGGCGUAUAAUAUAAGCCUUGUUGCAAACGCCGCAAAAAGUUUAUUGCACUCAUCAAAUUAUGAUCCGAUAUAUGUAAAGCUUUUUUACCUUUAUCUUUUACCUAUCAUUUCGUUUGAAAAACGAGUGGACAUAUUUUUAAUUUACUCAUUCACAAGUUACAAAAUUAUGAAGCCAUUAAUUUUUAUAAUUUUUUAUAAUAACCAUACGUCUACUUAUAUUCUUAAUACAGUAAAGCAGAUUUUUAAACAGGAUAAGUUCCUUUUUGAAAAAUAUAAAAGCACAUAUUUCAAUGGACUUUCCUUGAGGGAUAUCCCCAAGAGCCAUUUUAUCUUUUUGUUCCUUCUCUCCGUUUUUUUUUACGACCACAAGGCGGAAUCCCUUCUUUACAUGUUCAAGCUGUUCUGCAACUACGACGAAGAUGUCAUCAGCGAUCAGGAACGUGACAUAAACUACAAGAAAAUACACGAAGACGUAGUUCUUGAAAAUGAUGAAAAGUACACGGAGGAAAAGAAGAGCAUAAAUAUAAUCAUCAUAAAAUUUAUCGAAAUAUAUCAGGAGAAAUUUGGCACCCAUCUUUGCGACUACUUUGAUUUCUACAGAAUAUUUUUUAUACUCUUUGCUUCGUGUGUUGACAUGGCGUAG